UUUGUUACCGCAUUAUCAUUUUGAAGCCUUGUUUAAGCAAACCCCAAGGCUUGUUUGUUUAUGGUCUGCACUUGGAGGGGGAAAAAAUAAGGUAUCUUUUUAUGUAUUAAAGGAUCGUUAAGGGAGAGCCUCUUCAUGUCCUUUUAAUUCAUGUGCUUGGGGAAGCUUUAGUAAUCAUCACUGGCUAUCUUGUCCGUUCACAUGGUCAUCCAAAUUACGCAGAAGUAGACAUGGUGGAGCUUUCAAUCAACAAAAAGAAAGAGUAGAGACCCAGCACCGCCAACAACUAAGUCUCCGACCUAACUUUGUAUGUCUCUAGGGAAGUAGUAUAGUUCUUAUAAUCCGAACCCAAUUUCUUUUAUUGAGUUUCUAGGUUUCGAAACUUGUCCAAAAGGCUAGCUUUUUUGAUGGGUGUCGCUUGAAUAGGCUUCAAUUUACAGGGAUGGUAAACUCUGUUUUUUGUGCAUCGCCUCCUGGGUUUAUUGAAGAAUCGAAAGAUAAAAUGGAGGGUUCGGUGGUUGGGGACGGAGACAUUGAAGAGAAGAACAAAGGGUCUGCUCAAAAUGGAGAUGAAAAAGUUCAGACUUUUGGGGAUUUGAUUGAAGAUAAAGGUCGAGAGAGCAGUUCAAGCUCUGAUUUUUUGACAUCUGAAACGACAGUGCAUGAGGACCAAAGCCAUUGUAGCUCUCAAGAGUCGUCUUCUCCUCCUUCUAUGGGUUGGCCCGUAGAGAAAGUUGAGGCUUCCGAUUGUGCAAGCCAAGUUGAUAUGGAAAGCGAAGAGAAACCCAGUUUGGGUGACAGGAAAUUAGAGAAGCAAGGGUCGUCAAUCUCAGAGAUUGAAAUGAUGAAGGAAAGGUUUUCAAAAUUGCUGCUUGGAGAAGAUAUGUCAGGUUGCGGGAAUGGGGUUUGCACAGCUUUGGCCAUUUCAAAUGCCAUCACAAAUCUUUGUGCUACCCUUUUUGGGCAACUAUGGAGGCUAGAACCUUUGCCUCCUCAAAAGAAAGCGAUGUGGCGAAGAGAGAUGGAAUGGCUUCUUUGCGUUAGUGAUCAUAUUGUUGAGUUAACACCCUCUUGGCAGACAUUUCCAGAUGGAACCAAGCUUGAGGUGAUGACUUGUAGACCGCGGUCAGAUAUUUACGUCAAUCUUCCAGCUCUACGGAAAUUAGAUAACAUGCUUCUUGAGAUAUUGGAUAGUUUCAAUGACACCGAAUUCUGGUAUGUUGACCAAGGGAUUCUGGCCCCAGAGGCUGAUGGAUCAACGUCUUUCCGAAGAGCACUUCAGCGACAAGAGGAGAAAUGGUGGCUACCUGUGCCCCGAGUGCCGCCUGGCGGCCUUGAUGAGAAUUCAAGAAAACAGUUGCGGCACAAACGUGAUUGCACAAGCCAAAUGUUGAAAGCUGCUAUGGCUAUCAACAAUAUUACUCUCGCCGACAUGGAAGUUCCUGAAUCUUACUUGGAGGCUCUUCCAAAGAAUGGGAAAGCCAGCUUGGGAGAUAUUAUCUAUAGAUAUAUUUCAUCCGACCAGUUUUCCCCUGAAUGUCUGCUUGAUUGCCUUGAUUUGUCCUCUGAGCAUCAAGCUAUUGAGAUCGCUAACAGAGCGGAGGCCUCAAUCUAUGUGUGGAGAAAAAGAUCCAACUCAAAACCUGCCAAUACUACCACCCGAUCUAGUUCCAGAUCAUCUUGGGAAUUGGUAAAGGACUUGAUGAUCGACGUAGACAAGAGGGAAUUGCUAGCUGACAGAGCAGAAAGUCUCCUGCUUUGCUUGAAGCAGCAGUUCCCUGGUCUUCCGCAGACUGCUUUAGAUAUGAGCAAAAUUCAGUGCAACAAGGAUGUUGGAAAAUCCAUUUUAGAGAGCUACUCAAGAGUGUUGGAGAGCCUGGCAUUCAAUAUCGUAGCUCGAAUUGAUGAUCUGCUUUAUGUCGACGACUUGACUAAACAUUCAGACCAACUCUCGUCGUUGUCUUCAGUGGGUAUGAUUGCUCACAGAAGCGUUACGAUUCCAUAUUCAGUUCCAACCCCUAGUACCCCAUACAAAACGGCUUAUGCCACACCAGCCUUUUCGCCAGCAUCAUUAGUUAGCCCUUCCAAGGGAGAUAGAACUCCAUUCUUGACCAGUGGUAAGAUUCCACAGCGCGGUUUGGGUGUGAAGAAGGUCUUAACCGAUUAUCUGAGCAUCGAAUCGAAAGGGAAGGAUUACAGUAAUCUGAUAGAGGGAGUAGAUAAAACGACUCGAGUAGCAUCACCGUCACCGUCUCAGAAUGGGUUCAAGUCAUUUGAAUGGAGAAAAGAAGCAGUCAGUCCAUCGACAGAGAACUCAGUCGUUGAAGAAUGAAUGUGGGCAUUCAUACAUGUAUUCCAUAAGAGUUCUGUCAUGUUGAAGUGUUGUAACGAGACCUCUGUAAUGAUAUAAUUAGAUGUCUUAUAUUUUUGCCAGCAUUAAUGUCUCAUUAUUAUUAUUAUUAUUUUUAUA